AUGGGUCAGGGCUUCUCGCUAACUACGCUUUCGGCUGGCUCCGCUAACAUUGAUGUGCCGGAGCUGGCUGAUCUGCAGUAUGAGAAAUCACUCGGAGCAGCUCGGUUUAUGAAAGCCGUCAGAGCCCGGCACAAGGAUGGACUUGUCGUCGCUCGCGUCGUUAUGAAACCGUAUGCUCAGUUCGAUUUCCAAAAUCAUGUUAAACGCCUACUCCAUGAACGCAAGGUGCUAGCAGAUGUCCCAAAUGCUGUUGCCUAUCAUCGUGUCAUCGAGACCGCAGCUUGUGGUUAUCUGGUUCGCCAAUAUAUUCAUAGCUCUUUGUAUGACCGCUUGAGCACACGCCCGUUUUUAGAAGAGAUUGAGAAGAAAUGGCUCUCAUUCCAGCUCCUCUGUGCUGUGCGAGACUGCCACGCCAGGAACAUCUUUCAUGGCGAUAUCAAGACUGAAAACGUCCUGGUCACUUCCUGGAACUGGUUAUAUCUGGCUGAUUUCUCAUCCUCGUAUAAGCCAGCCCAUCUGCCAGAAGACAACCCUGCCGACUUCUCAUUCUACUUCGAUUUGUCGGGCCGCCGAACCUGUUACUUGGCACCUGAGAGGUUUCUGGCUGCCGGACAGCAACCCGAAGGCGAAGGCGACGUCAACUGGGCCAUGGACAUCUUUAGUGUUGGCUGUGUCAUCGCCGAACUCUUCCUGGAAGCGCCCAUCUUCUCUUUGAGUCAACUGUUCAAGUACCGACAGGGGGAAUACAACCCUGAGCACUCCCAUCUCAGCAAAAUUCAGGAUCCGAAUAUACGAGAGCUGAUUCUGCACAUGAUCCAAGUCGAUCCAAAUUCAAGGAUGACCGCCGAGGACUACCUCACUCAUUGGAAAGGCAAAGUGUUUCCGACCUACUUCUAUGGCUUUCUGCAACAGUACAUGUACUCCAUCACCGACCCGUCUUCGGGCCGGAAACCUGUUACAACUGGCUCGGAACAUUUGGGCGAGCCCGACGAACGCAUAGAUCAGAUUUACAGCGACUACGACAAGAUAUCCCAUUUGCUCUCCAGCGAAGAUGGGAAGGAGCUGAUAAGACCUGAUUUCUCACCCCCAAAGCCGAACGCCAAGCUGUUCCCUCUAUUUGUAAACAUACCAAACUACCAACAUCAGGCCUCCCCCGCAAAGAGCUUGGCAAUCGACGACGGUAACCUGGUGUUCCUGACUAUUGUUGUGUCUUGUCUCCGUGGUACGGCGAGAGCUUCAGCCCGCAUUCGGGGCCUGGAGUUACUUCUGGCCUUCUCAGAGCGAUUGACAGACGAAGCAAAGCUCGACAGAGUCAUACCCUACGUGGCCCAGUUACUAGUCGAUAAGUCGGAACAAGUCAAGAUUGCCGCUCUUCGCACAUUAACGCAGAUACUAGCAAUGGUGCAAGUGGUUUCUCCUAUUAAUGCCUACAUCUUCCCAGAGUAUGUUUUGCCAAGAUUAGAGGCCUAUCUUUCAGAUUCCUCUACCAAAGUUGGUCCUCUUGUCCGGAUGCAGUAUGCGUUCUGCAUCGGUACGCUGGCAACUACUGCGGCCAAGUAUCUCGACAUGAUUCAGGCACUGCGCGCUGAGGGAUCCUUGCCGACUGCAGACCCUGAAACGGAAGACGACAUGUCUUCAUCAGCACAGCGGAACCAAUUCGACUCGGAUCGCCGUAUCUUGCUUGAAGCUUUUGAAAAGCAUACAAAGGCUCUCCUCACUGACCAGGAUACAUCUGUUCGGCGAGCCAUGCUCCGGUCUGUCUCCGAUCUGUGCAUCUUUUUCGGUAGUCCUAGAGCAAACGAUGUUGUGCUUAGUCAUCUCAACACGUAUCUCAAUGAUCCAGAUUGGAUGCUCAAGUGCGCCUUCUUCGAAGGAAUCGUUGGUGUCGCUGUGUUUGUCGGAGGAGCCAGUCUGGAAGGAUAUAUUCUACCGCUCAUGGUACAAGCGCUUACGGAUCCGGAAGAAUUCGUAGUAGAAAAGGUCAUUCGAGCGCUUUCGUCAAUGGCAGAACUGGGUCUCUUUCAACGCUCUAAAAUUUGGGAGCUAGUGGAUAUCCUCGCACGUCUCACGAUGCAUCCAAAUCUCUGGAUACGAGAAGCAGCUGUCCAGUUCAUCUCGGCAGCGUCCAAGUAUCUGUCUGUGGCUGAUGCGCACAGCAUCUUGGUCAACCUCAUUCGACCAUACUUGAAGGUGGUGCCGUCCGAGUUUUCUGAACUACGACUUCUCGAAUCUCUGAAAACCCCAAUGUCGCGAUUACUUCUUGAGAUGGCCUCUAAUUGGGCACUCCAAGCUCAAAAAGGGCAGUUCUGGGUUGCGGUACGACAUCAGCCAACAUUCACCUUUGGAUCAUCAGAAGAAAGUCUACCAACAAUCUCAGGCCGCGAGUUAGAUCAAAAGGUCUUACAGCGUUUACCAAAGAAUGAAGAAGAUGAGCUAUGGAUACGAAAACUUCGUAAUGCAGGCAUGACCUCAGAAGAUGAUUUCAAACUUGUUGCACUGAGAGACUUUAUCUGGAGAGUAAGCCACCGUCGACGUUCGGAUAGUAUCGCAACGCCGUCCACAAAGUUCAAUAGCAUUGUGACGCUAAAAGAUCUCAAUGUCAAAGCACAGACUGUGUUGUUUGACGAAGACGUCCGUCAAGUCAUGGAACAAACAAGAAAACCGGGCGCACCAGAAGAACAUUUGCCACCUCGAACUAUCAAAGACGCUUUGCUGGAUGCUUCAACUACUGAAGCUGGGGGAAUAUCUGAUCGACUGCUCGGCAAAGGCGAGAGAAAGGCCUCGGCUGAGAUUGGUACAACAUCUGCAAAUGCUUUUGGAAAGGUCGAUGGUACCCAUGUGCGUGAGUCUUCUCGGUCACGACAACCGCAUUCACCUCUUGUUGAUCGGCGUGAGCGAAGCCCUAUGCGGGUCCGCUUCCGAAACGCACACAACUACACUGGCAACGACCCAACGAUACUCAAGUUUCUGGACUCCAUGCUUCUCGAACGCUUUCCAACAGAUGAGAUUGAGUUUGGUCCACGCAUACAACCUCCUAUGCGAAAACAACCUAUCCGAUUCAAGGACACCCACCAAUCACCUACAGCAACUCCUUGGAGGCCAGAGGGUACGCUCGUAGCAAGUUUUGGAGAGCACACGGCCGCAGUAACCAGGAUUCUGGUCGCUCCAGACCAAAGCUUUUUCAUCAGUGGUUCAGAUGAUGGCACCGUAAAGAUAUGGGAUACAUCACGGGUCGAGCGGAACAUUACCCGACGAUCCCGUCAGACCUACCGGCUCGGAGAGGACGUCAAAGUCACAAGUCUAGUCUUUGUAGAACAAACCUACUCAUUCGUUGCAACCGGCAGUGACGGGAGCGUCCAUGUAGUACGAGUCGACUGCAUCCAAAGCCAAGACGGUAAUGCCAAAUUCGGCCGACCCAGACUCCUCCGCGAAUACCAACUACCAAAAGGCGACUGUACAGUAUGGUCCGAGCACUACAACGGGGAUAACAGAUCCGUACUACUACUAGCCACCGAUACUUCCAAGAUCAUCGCCUUGGAUCUACGAACCAUGGAACUCCUCUACACUCUCCACAACCCCCUCGACCACGGCACCCCAACCUGCUUCUGUGUCGACCGAAAAGCCCACUGGCUUCUCCUUGGAACCUCACACGGCGUCCUCGACCUCUGGGACUUGCGCUUUAAACUGCGCCUCAGAGCCUGGGUCCACCAUGGCGCAUCUCCCAUUCACCGCCUGUACCAGGUAGUCCUCCCGAAGGCCAAGAAAACUCGUCUCUACAUCGCUGGCGGCAGCGACCAGGGCGAAAUCACGGUCUGGGAUUUCGAAAAACUCGUCUGCAAAGAAGUUUACCGCACGGGUUCAUGCAAGGACAUAGGAAGUAAGAGUACCACGCUAAUCGACCUCGAUGAUGAGAGACCAGGCGGCAUGCUUGGUCGCUUUGCCACAAGCGUCGAGCCAACUGCAAACGCCAACGCAGACCGCGGUGUCCGCGCCCUCGCUGUACACACGCAAGCUACAGACGAAAAAGGCGAGGGUAAACACACCUUCCUACUCACCGCAGGCCCCGAUUGGAAAGUCAGGUACUGGGACACCAGCCGUGCAGAAGCAUCUAUGAUUGUAAAUGGCCUGGAAGCAGACGAAGCAAGGCCAACGUAUACGGCGUCCCAGCCUAGUCCCGAAACAAUUGUCGUGUUGGAGCGGUUGCAGCAGCCGAUGAAUGCGGGAAAUGGAAGGGAGAGUAGGGUUAGUACGGCGAGUAGGGGCAAGGUGGGCGGGAAGAGUUCGAGGUCGGGGGCUAUUGCUUUGCAGCAGCAGACGCUGUUGAAGAGUCAUGUGGAUCGCAUAUUGGAUGUUGCCGUGAUUGAGAUGCCUUACGGUAUGGUUAUUUCUGCGGAUCGGUCGGGGGUUAUCAAUUUGUUCAUGUGA